AUGAUUGACGUUUUUGGAUCCGUGAGGGGUCUGCUAAAGUUGGAUACCGUGUGUAUUGAUAACAACGUAUUCCGGCUACACUACAAAGUAACCGUCGUCGUGCUGGUCAUAUUCUCAUUAAUCGUCACCACCCGUCAGUUCGUUGGUGACCCGAUAGACUGCUUAGUGAUCGGUGUACCAACUCACAUCAUGGACUCGUAUUGUUGGACACACUCGACGUUCACCGUGGACAAAAAGGUUCGCGGCCGUAUCGGCAAAGAUGCCGUGCAACCUGGCGUCGGGCCCUACCGGGAAGGCCAAGACCUGGUCAGUUAUCAAAAGUAUUAUCAGUGGGUGUGCUUCGUCUUGUUCUUUCAAGCUGUGUGUUUCUACAUACCUAGGUAUGUGUGGAAAAUAUAYGAAGGUGGCCGGAUACGGGUACUGGUUAACGACCUCAACAACGUUAUGAUUGACAAAGAGCGAAAGUCCAACAGCAUGAGUCAGCUGGUAGAAUACUUUGCCGUUAACUUACACACGCACAACUUAUACGCUAUGUGGUUUUUCUUCUGCGAAGCGUUAAACUUCGUCAAUGUCGUCGGCCAGAUGCUGUUUCUGAACUACUUUUUUGAAGACGAGUUCAAGACGUACGGUCUCGACGUUUUCCGAUUCAUCAUCAUGGAUCCCAAGGAACGAGGGGAUCCAAUGUCCCGGAUAUUUCCUAAAGUCACAAAGUGCACGUUUGAGAAAUACGGUACGUCCGGUACCAUUCAGAAAUUCGAUGGAUUAUGCCUAUUACCACUAAACGCAGUCAACGAGAAAAUCUACGUAUUCCUGUGGUUCUGGUUCAUGUUCAUUGCUGUGGUGAGUGGUCUCAAUUUAGUGUACCGUACAGCUGUAGUGAUAUUUUCCAAGUUCCGUUUGUUUUUAUUGAGAAGGGAAUCUCGUCUGUCUCCUUGGAAUGAAUUGCGUAUAAUACAUAUUAAAAAAAAACUAUGGUUCAUUAUUUAUGAGUUAUGA